GAUGCCUUCAUUAGUCGUGAGCGCGUAACAGCGCGAUACUGCCGCCUCGCGUCUUGAAUUUUAAAUUUGUUUUGUAUUAUUUGUGUAAUAGUCUUAGCGGCGGAAUGUGUAGCUACGCUCCAUACACCACCGCGGCAGCCGUGACCGCCGGCAUGCUCGGCAGCGCGUACUGCGCCUACCACAUCUACCAGCGCAGCAAGCCCAGGAUACCCACCGAGUGGACACAAGUCGGCACGCUUCAGAAGAUAUACACUUAUCCAAUCAAGUCAUGCGGCCCUGUUGUACUUGAUACUGGGGAAUGUUCGACUUUGGGCUUGAAAGACGGGUGGCUGAGAGACAGAGUUCUGAUGGUGAUAGACGAGAAGGACAACUUCAUCACAGCCCGAGCGUAUCCAGAAAUGCUACUGGUGUCACCGUGCGUGCGCAGCUCCGUGCUCACCCUCACACACAAACAUGACCAGAUCCCUCCCGUGCACGUCAACUUGGCAGAGGUGAUCGCGCUACAGAAGCCAAUCGAAGCCACGGUCUGGGGCGUGCCAGUGCCUGUCUUUGACUGCGGCAAGGAGGUCUCAGGAUGGUUUAACAAAUUGCUGGGUCGCCCGUCAAGCACUUUCCGCUUAGUGUACUACGCCACCCAGCAUCCUCGACCACUGAGGAGCAGCACCAACAAAAUCUACAAGUUUACUAAGAAUGAUACGGGCGCACUCCCAGACGAAACUCCGUUCAACUUGAUAAACGAGGCAUCAGUAGAGGAUCUGAACACACGGCUGCAGCUCACGGACCGCGUCUCGCAUCGCUCGUUCCGACCUAACUUCAUACUGCAAGGGGCGCAAGCUUAUGCUGAAGACAAUUGGAAAUUCCUCAAGAUAGGGAACGUCGUGUUUGAGAUCUUGAAGCCGUGCACCAGAUGCGUACUGACAACUAUUGACCCAGAGACGGGCGUUCGUAAUGCGAAUACCGAGCCUUUGGAAACUUUGAAAAGCUACCGUCAAAUCGAAGACCCCGAAGUACGCCGCUCGGCCGGCAACUCGCCGCGCAUGGGGCUGCAGAUGACGCUGCGCUCGGCGCCCGGCGAGUGGGUCAAUCUCAACGACCCUAUCUACGUCGCGUGAAUGUAAGGAGCGUGCGUGAAUUUUAGGGGGCACGGGAACCCACUGUUUAUGUGAAGAGUUAAUGUAUAUAGCUUAAGUUUGAUAUAGAAAUAGACGGACACUUUAUCCUGACAUUAUCAGACUAUAACCGAGUCCAUCUAAAGUAAUCAAAACCCUGCGACCCCUGUGUGCGUUACGCUCCCAAUCUCCUAACUCCCCGCGCAUGGGGCUACAAAUGACGCUGCGUUCGCCGCCCGGCGAGUGGGUCAAACUCAACGAGAUCUUCCUAGGGAGCGUGUGUGGGAACGCCUGUUUAUUGCCUUAGGGCCACCCCACUAGCGUCUAUUGAGCGUCGGUGUCAUAGUCAGCGCUAUGGAAAAUGGCGUCGCUGCGCAGUUGCGCCGACGUUGCGUCGAGUAGCAGUCAUAGAGUUGACCAGACGCCGAUGCUCGGGAGACGCUAGGGUGGGGAGACUGGGGAGGCCCUUAAAGUUAAGUUUAAGUUAAGUAUCGGUGUAAGCCAGAAGGUGGCAGAUCCAACGCGCACGAUUUCUUAAUGUCAUUAGAGAAGUUUGAAUGAAAUUAAAAAAAAAUUUUUGAAGUCUAUGGAUGGAAACUUUUUGCCAAAAUUCAAGUUUUGUUGACUUUCCUCUUUACUGUCCAAGUGCUAACGCAUCUCAUAUUUCCUCCACUAGGUGUCUUAUACCAGCUGGCUUCAUUUUCUACCAUUAUUUUAUGAAAUAUUUUUUA